AUGUCCGCCUCCUCAAAAUUGCUCCCAGGGCCUAUAUCGCUCCGCCAAUUCUACAAAUACCUCGGCCGGUUCGCCCGCUAUUCUCCCUCCUCGACACGCGCUGUUCCCCCCUCAAAACGCAUCCGUGCCCCGAUCGAGCCCGGCGUUGGCAUCUUCUUCUACCCUCCAGACUCGUGGACGAAGACGCACGCACUAGCGGCCGGCCCACUCGGACAAACCGAGGAGACUAUCCACCCCUCCAAGUUCCAGAUCUCGCGUCCGAUCACUGCGCCAGACGGCAAAUACACGCCAGAGCUUCAAUAUUGGGGCGUCGGUGGUGCAGUGCAGGUGACGAAAAGCUUAAUUAGUGGUGUGGAGCAAGGGUUUGCGGUGGCGCUGGAGCUGCACGGCGUUGGUUAUAGGGCCGAGGCGGACGAAGAGAGGAACAAGCUCGUCAUGAGGCUGGGGUACUCGCAUGUCGUCGAGUUUCCGCUCAAUGAGAACGAUGUGUUUUUUACCGUGAUCAAUCCGCAGCUCGUGCAGGUAGCAGGGAUUAAUCGUGCAGACGUGCAUCAAAUGGCGGCGAAGGUUCGUAAGGCGAGACCCCCAGAGCCUUAUAAGGGCAAGGGAGUGCGAUACAAGAAUGAGCCCGUCAGGAGAAAGGAAGCAAAGAAAGACUAG